AUCGUAUGUAAAUAACGUUGAAUGUUGACAUUGUUCGAUGAAUUUUGGAAACAAAUUUUGAACUUUUAAAGAUAAGUUACAAACUUGUGAACCAUAAAUUAUUGUAUUAAGAUAAAGAAUUGCUAUUUCUUGUAAACUAUAUUUUACAAAUACAAGUGCCACUUGCUCAAGUGUACUCGAAAACCAAACAAUCUUACCUUUUUUUGUUCUAAUGGUUUUGGCAAGGGUCUAUCGUCUGGUUCAUAUUAUUUUUUGUGUGAUGAUAAUUUUACCUACUUAAACACUUCCUUGUGAAUAGCAGUUAAUUUCGUAAAAGACGUGAACGAAAAUACAUGUAUUAUAAAAAUGCGUACCAGUGCCACACAAUUUCAAUUAAUGGUGGAAUACAUGGAAAAAAACGGUGACCUUAGCAAACCUUCAGAAGGGCCACAAGGAAGGGUAAUUAAUGCCCAAAAAUGGAAUGAGUUGACGGACCUUUUAAAUGCAGAUGCUACUGGGGACACCAAGACCGCCGAGAAAUGGAGAAAAGUUUGGAGCGAUUACAAAAACAAUAUAAAAAGAAAAGCUAGUCGCAUACACAGAUCUGCACUAACAACUGGUGGUGGCCCAGCCCGUAAGCUUAAGCUGUCUGAGAUAGAAGAGAGAGUUCUCCGUGUGCUAGGUACUCAGGCUGCUACAGGCAUUAUGACUAUUGAUGAAGUUGGAUUAGAGGAAGAAACUAGCACUCUAUUGCUAUCUGACCCAUCAUCUCAAGCAAGCCACCCGCUACAAGAAAUGUAUCUUGCACAUGAAGAUUGGAACCAACCUGGUCCUUCUACUAGACUUUCUUUACCUGCAGAUAGUGCCUCGGUUUUAGAACCUUCGGUCAUCGAGCAUAUUGUUCCCCCAGAAGAUGCGCAUAAUGUAACCACAGACCGACUGCAGAGGAGCGAGACAGGCCCGACAGGCAUUGGCACUGCACCUCGAUCAAAUCGUGCAUCGCAGGGCAACAUACCUUUGCCCUUAACGCCUCGUGCUCGGCGCAGACGCCUUUUCCAAAACCAAAAUUCGCCUGUUCGCAGGACUCGCACACAGACCCAGUCCGAUCUAGCGAGACAGGCGUUUCUUAGAUCGGACUCUGAAUGGCGCGCCUUCCAACAGGAAGCUGAACGCGAAAGGAUAAGGGUUAGGGAGUUGGAGUUAGCUAUACAGCAAAAGUGGAUAGAUUUAUUUCAGCAAUUUUUAGAUGUUUUUAAAAAUUUCACAAGUAAUUUAGGAAACAGAUAAUUAUGUGAUUUAUGUGUUUCCUUAAUUAUUUGUGAAUUUAUUUCAAGAUUAAUUUAGUUUUUUAGUGUAAUGAU